AUGUAGAAUGUACUUUGUAAUUUGUUUUUAAUUACGAAAAGUUUUGUGGAGUCGUUUCUAUUUUAUAUGUGAUUUGCGACAGUGACGGUUUUGUUUGGCGGUAUAGAAAAAGUGUGCAUAGUAGUACUGCUUAGUGAUAUCAACGUUUAUUGGAACUACGUUGGUGAUACAUAUUAAGUUUAUAAAAACAGACAGUGCAGCAGUCUCAGCCAUGUAAGUCUAAUUCAAGUUACCCUUGCAUAGAGAUUUCAGAUGUAUUCUUUAGUGCAAUUUGUCGAAGACAGCAUCUUGUAUGUAACUCCUUCGAAGGGUAUCACUUUGAUCGAGGGAGAUUUAGUAUGGGCCCCAUAUAAGAAAAUGGGUUACUAUGAAGCCAAGAUUAUUGCAGUAGAUAAUGAUAAAUCUACUUUAAUGGAAGCCAUGAAAAAAGAGAAGAAAAAACAGGCAACUGCAGUUACCAAAGUGUCAGAAACAAAUACCAAUGAAAUAUCACUUCCAACAAGCAAACAAACUCGGUAUAAAAAUAUGAGAGAGAAUAACACAUCUUCAGAUGCAUCACUUGGUGAACAAAAAAGAGUAGGUGAUGCCAGUGGUACAGAAGUUAAUGUGGGUACAUUAAAAAAUGCAACUGCAGUUACCAAAGUGUCAGAAACAAAUAUCAAUGAAAUAUCACUUCCAACAAGCAAACAAACUUGGUAUAAAAAUAUGAGAGAGAAUAACACAUCUUCAGAUGCAUCACUUGGUGAACAAAAAAGAGUAGGUGAUGCCAGUGGUACAGAAGUUAAUGUGGGUAUAUUAAAAAAUGAAGACAAUAAAACCAAUAAUGGCGCUAGAAUAAUAAUAAUAGAAGAUAUUAAAAUAAGAGAUAAUCAAGAUCAAGUUGACUACAGACAUGAAACUGGGAUAGGGUCUAAUUCAGAAUUUUUAAACAAUACCUGGAAGGAAGAUAGUGAACUUCUUGAUAUGGAUCCAAGGCAUAAGGAAAAAUUGUUUACAGAAGACUGUAUGGAAUCGGGAGGAAAUUCAGAUGAUUCUUGUGAAAUGCGAAAUGAUAGGCAAAUUCCAAAAGCUGAAAAUUUAUCCAGGCAAGGAGUUAAAAAGAACCAUAAACGUCACUGUUGUCUUUACUGCAAGAAGAAAAUUUUUCAAAUAGUGAGACAUUGGACUAAGGUCCACAAAGAAGAAGAUGAAGUACAAACAAUAUCAAAAUUACAUGCUGCAAAUCCUUUACGAAGAAAAAAAAUCGAUGAUUUGCGGAGAAAAGGAGACUAUGAAUUUAAUAAAUCAUGUAGUUUGAGUGACCUGAUUGUAAGUAGGAAAUCAAAAAAACAGGAAGCAAUUUUUGUUCCUUGCCCAUCAUGUCUGGGUUACUUCAGCAAAUCAAAUCUUCGCCACCACGUACAAAAAUGUUGUCCAGAAAAAGGAACAAGGCAACUACAAGGAAAUUCUAGAAAAUUAACUUAUCACAUUCAUGAAAAAGCCUCUGAUACACUUAGAAACAUUAUUACUCCUGAUAUGUUUCAUGACGAAGUUACAAACCUAGUUUUUUUUGAUGAGAUAUUAGUAAUAUAUGGCAACUAUUUAUGUAUAAAAUAUACGGAAGAACAUUUAAAAAACCAUAUAAGAGCACAGUUACGUCUUCUUGGAAGGUUUAUGUUGAGGGUAAAGGUACAUGACUCCAACAUUGCAAAUUGCAAGCAGCUAAUUAACUCCAAAAAUAUAGACACAGUCAGAAAGGCUGUUGAUGAUCUCGGUGCAAUUAAUCCUUCAACAAAUAUAUAUGAGCACCCGACUAAUGCCCGUACACUUCUUAUAGAAUUAAGAAAACUAAUACAAGUGGUAAAAUCAGAAAGUGACAAAACUGAUGAUGAAAUCCUUAUGAAGAGGGCAAAAGCAUUUUCUAGAAGAGUAAAACAGGAACUAGCACCAUACAUAAAUCGUAUCUGCAAAAAUAGUGAGAAUAAACUAAGGCGGGCAAAACGUCAAAAAGACAACAUUUUACCAGAAAAUGAAGAUAUUGGAAAAUAUCUAGAUUAUUUGCAGAAAAAUAUCUAUCUAGCUGAGAAACAAUUAAAGAAAAAAUUUUCUGUUUCAGUUUGGACAGAAUUAUCACAAUAUCUAAUGGUUUACUUAGCCGCUUUCAAUAGAAAACGGCCAGGUGAGACACAACGAAUAGAGGUCAGUGAUUUUCAAAAUCGGGAAUGUGUCAACCCUAAAGAUGUUGAUCAACUUGAUGAAUGUGGAAAAAUACAAGCCGACAAGUAUGAAAGGAUUGGUUUUCGCGGAAAACUGGGUAAUUCAACUGCGCUUCUGAUAGACAAAACAAAAAUUUUACCUGGACUGAAUUUGAUUAUAAAAUACAGGGAUAGAGCAGGUGUCAAUUCGGCCAAUAGGUUUCUUUUUGCGAAGCCUUCAAAAACAGACCAAAACUUNUAUACAGGGUCGGAAAGUCCCCAUGUAAGGAUUAGGAAAUUAAAACCAGAAAAUAUUAGUUCUACAAAAUUAAGAAAUCAAAUCUGA